AUGGUGUGGAUAGUGAUUGAUCAUGAUGAUGAUCCGGACACGUCGGACCCGAAUGUCACAGUGGACUCAAGCAACGCGACUGAUGACUCCGACGACCUCAGGCGACUACUGGGAGAUGACUCCGACGGCAACACGACACAGAACACGUCGGACGAAACGAGCUCUACGACAAGCACCAUGACGACUACGACGACCAGCAUGACAGUCACGACCACGUCAACAACGAGGACGAGGACGACCUCGUCAACAACAGUGACAUCCACGACGGUUACAAAUGUAACCUACGGGAUUGGCAACAUGACGCGAUGCGGCAAUGGCUUCUACAUGACCUAUCUGGGGACAGCCCUGAUGGGACAGCCGCACUUCCAGGUGGAGCCGGACCUGCCCUUGGCCUCCUGGAGUCACUUUCUGGUCUUCGCAUCCUCAGACUUCGGCGAGGCUUCCACUCCCACGACGCAUUUGAUCUACGACAUGUCUGCGAGUGUCUCGGACGUGGCCUACGAUGGAUUGGACCUCGAUUUAGACCAGCUGGGUGGCAAUGUGAGCUGGAGUCCACCUAACCUCACGGAGAGUGUCCUUAGCUAUGUGGUCUAUUUGGCUGAGAGCUCUGAUGGCCUGGAUCGGGCGUGGAUUCCUCCAGAGGUGCCAGUCGGCAGCAACUACUUGCUCAUUCCACCAGAUACGGAUCAAGAGAACUACUCGCACAUCCUGGUGUACACCAAGUCCGUCGCGGCCCUAUCUCGCCGAACGAAUUGGCAUGAUGAUUGCAUGGGUACAGCCAUAGUGGCCAGAGUUUUCCGACUGAAGCGAGCUGACGGAACAGACUACGCCGGCAUUUUUGUCAUUUGCUGCGACGACACAGCCGAGCGCGCGGCAAACGCCAGCUUCGUAGAUCAGGACCUGGACCUCGGGCAAAUCGGUGGCCAGCUGGUCUGGGAUCCUCCAGACUUGAGUCGAAUCACGGACUUCCUGAUUUAUAUUGCACUCGACGAGACGGGAACCAACCGCUCUCUGGUUGGCUCUACACCGGCUGGAGUUCACGAAAUUUCGGUGCCUGUGGAUACGGACAUUCCCAGCAGCUCCUACUUGCUCGUCUAUGCACGGAGCCAGCUUCAGGAGCAAACCACACCUGCGGCCACCAGGAUCUUCGAUCGAUCCGCCAGUGUCUCCGAGGUGGCCUUCAUCGAUCAUGACCUCGACACGAACGAGAUCGGCGGGAACAUUUCCUGGACAGCUCCCAACGGCACCGAGUACGUAGAGGCAUACAAGGCCUACCUCUCUGAGGAUGCUGCCGGGGCAAGCAAGUCCCAGAUUGGUGAUGAUGUGCCAAGUGAUGUCAGCGACGUCCUUCUGUCUACGGAAACUGCGCUGAACGACUUUAAUCACGCGAUCGUCUUCACUCGGUCUGCUUUGGCCGAGCAGACAACUCCGGUGUCGACGCAGAUUUCUGACACUUCCUUUUUCGUGGUGGAGGAGUCCUUCGUGGAUCUGGAUCUCGACCUGACGGAACUCGGAGGAGCUUUGACUUGGACCCAGGCCCUGGACGACACCCAGGUGACUCAAUACAAUGUGUACCUCGGCAUCGACUGCAUCGAGAACGUUUCGACUACGUCCGAUGCUGAACUCUUUGCUGUCAUCAGUGGUAUCGUCUCCAUCAGUCUCGAUGGUGCAACUUCCCAGCAGGUUGCGACUGCCAUGAGGGCGGCUUUGGCGAGGACUUUCGGAGUACCUGCUUCGGUGCUCUAUGUUACCGUCAGCCAGGGCGGCUCAGGCCGCCGCCUGGCCACACUCUGGGACGUCUCCUACAUCAUCGUGGUACCCGGCGACGAGGCUGCAUCACUAGUGGCCACAGCAAGCGCAGUGGCUGCCGAUACCGCUGCCUUCAGGACUGCCGUGGUUGUGGAGUUGGUGGCGGCGGGCGUGGACAGUGCAGUGGUUGCCACCUCCUUGGUUGUGGUCAAUUUCGCCCGAGUCACAGUUCAGCUAGUCGGAGUAGACCAGCUGCCGUCCGUGCUCCCGAGCUUCAGCACUGUGUUCAACGUGACGAACGAGACGGAGGAUGAUGUGGUGGACAUCGACAACGACAGCAGCGCAGUUCGAACCACUUCGACCACCAUCGAAUCAGAAGAUGACUCCGAAGACUCAGACGCUGACAACGUGACUUCAACUGCGACCUCCACAAGGACGACAACGAGGAUUGCGACCACAACUGCGACCACAACCUCGAAAACCAGGACUUCGACCUCGACUGCCUUCCAUACCUCCACCACAGCAGCGUUGACAACAACAGCCGACACGGGGGAGGAUACAGAUGUCAAUGAGACGGAUGUGGGCGAGGAUUCGGAUGUGCCCGCGCGAAGACUCAGCUCUGUGGGCUCCAAUGCCACGGAGGUGAAACUCGGGACUAUGGCAAUGUCGUGA